CUUCAACUCGACACAUCGCAUCAGUACUUAAUCACCAAACGUUGCGCCUCGUUCUUUUAACGUACAAUAUUCACAUCCUCUGUUCAAGAAAAGGACAUACUAUUGUUUGCCAUGGAGAAGAGCGAAAAACAGGCCGCCGCUCAACAGGCGGUAGACAUUCUUCAUGAGAUUUCCACCAUCCUGAACUGUCAGUUGGACCGCAGAACGCUAUCCAUCUGCAUUUCCAUGAUUGAAAAUGGCGUAAAGCCUGAAGCGCUGGCUAUGAUCGGCGGGGAGAGGGUUUUAGUCGGUUCUUCGAAGCGUGAACCGUUAAAUGAGGAAGACGACCAAGAGCAGAUGGAUAUCGACUUAACUUCCGACGGUAUAGAUCAGCGUUAUCUGGCCGCGCCGAACGACACCAUCUCGCGGUACCAUCUAAAUCUCACUGUCUACACUCUUCGAUGGGUGAUUAUGGGGUUCAAGGAACUGAAGACAAGAUAUCCACCAUUGUGCCUCUCUGACAGCAAGAUGGACCAGAUUGCGGCGGACUUGAUUCGCCGACUACACGUGCUGUUGAGAAGGGAGGAGCUCAGCUCCGAAAUGAGUCGUGGUCGCAGGGCAUCAAGAAACCUCACAGAAACCGGGAGAAACGGCGGUUUGCCGUUGGGAUUGAGAAGAGCCAGGAGGGCCCAAAGCGCACCGGACCGGACAGAGAGGAUCAAGUUUUACCAGGAGAUGCUGCGAUUCGUGAGACAGCGACCCAUGAUCUCGAUGUCGUUGCAGCCAAGCCCCACGGAAAGUUGGGACCAUGAUCGCUUCUCAACAGACUGGAACCAGAGGGGAGAAGAGGAGGAAACGAAUGAUGCAAUGGAACUCUACGAAACAUACGGAGAGGAGGUGAACCAAGACUCGCAAGAGGAGGAACAACAGGCACCGGUGGAAACGGAGGUUAUAGAAGUCUGCAAAACAGGAGAUGGCGAGGAAAACGUCAAAGAUGAUUCGGAACAAGAACAGGCACCGGUGGUGACAACGGAGGUCAUUGAAGUACAACCAUCCAGUGGAAGCAACAGCUCCGACGACAACGAAUGA